AUGGCAGCAAAGAAGCAUAACCAGAAGCAGAGAAGCAAAAGUAGAAUUAAAACUAGAACCAGAAGCAAAAGCAUAAUUAGAAAAAGAGAAGCAAGAACUAGAAGAACAGAAGAAGCAGCAGAAGCACAGAAGCAGAAUCAUAACCAAAAGCAAAAGAGGAGAAGAAAGAGAGAGGAAGCAGAACUAGAAGAAGAAAAAUCAACAGAAGGAGAGAAGAGGAGAGAAGAGAACAUACCUUUGUUGUCAAAGAAGAAGACAGAAGAUAGAAGCAGCAGUAUAAGCAAGAGAAGAAUUAAAAAAGUAGAAGAAGAGAGGAGACGGAAGAGCAAAAUAGAGAAAAAACAUGUACCUGUGUGGUGUUUUUUGUCGAAGAAGAAGACAGAAGCAACAAAUGCAAAGCUUUCAGUUCUGUUGCUUCCGUCGAAGAAGAGGAAGAAUUAA